AUGGCGUACACAGUCCUCAAGGACACCCCUCGGCGACUACUGAUACCCAGAUUUUAUUCAACUCCAACGAAUGUCACAUAUUCGAAAGGUGAACUCGCAAUUUUAUAUUGCUCCGUGGAAAAUCUUGGAACAAAAACAAUAAUCUGGAGGAAGCAGCCGUAUAACGUUCCCAUAACAGUCGGCCAGUUACAGUUUUUGAAUAUCAAUCGUUUCUACUUGAGUCACGUGCCACAUCGAGACGAAUGGAAUUUAUUGAUUAAAAACGUACAACCAUUUGACGCUGGGACAUAUGAGUGUCAGAUCAGCAGCCAGGAAAAGCAGCUUCGGAGGAGCAUAACCUUAAAUGUAAUCGAAAUAUUUAUAACUGGCACACGUUUUGUUGAAGUAGGAGGUCACAUAUAUUUAUCUUGCAAUGCAUCUGGGAGUGAAAAUCCCCCAGAUGAUAUCGACUGGUUUAAAGACGGCAAUGUGUUGACCACAAAACACAGGCCUGGUGUUCACAUAGAGAAGAAAGUGGCCUACAUCAGCAACACAAUAUAUAGUACCCUGGCCAUUUAUUCAGCUCACAUGGCGGACGCUGGCACGUAUGUAUGUCGUACAUCCGGGCUCCUGACCACCAGUUUCAAGGUCGAUGUGCUAAACGGUAAAUACUAA